AUGCACCAGCCAUGGACAGAAAAGUACCGUCCGAGAUCUCUUCUGGAGGUUGUUGGAAACAGGGAGGUGGUUGCGGCUCUUCAAUCUAUUGCGGAUGCAGGAAAAAUUCCCAACAUGCUAUUUUACGGGCCUCCAGGUACUGGAAAGACAACGUCAAUAAGGGCCAUUGCAAACAGCCUUCCAAGAUCAUGUGUUCUUGAGCUGAAUGCUAGUGAUGAAAGGGGAAUAGCAACAGUAAGAGAAACCAUAAAGGAUUUUGCAUCUACAUAUUCUAAAGUAACGAAGCUGGUGAUAUUGGACGAAGCAGACAUGAUGAGCAGAGAUGCUCAAAAUGCUCUUAGAAGAAUAAUUGAGGACUUCAGUGCAAACACAAGGUUUUGCCUAAUAGCCAACCACUCGAAGAAGAUAAUUCCUCCUAUUCUUUCCAGAUGCACCAAGUUCAGAUUUGGGCCCAUUGAAGGCACUGAGGGUAGAAUUGAGGAAAUAUGCAAGAGAGAGGGCAUAAGGUAUACUAGCAAAGGAAUUACUGCCUUGGCAAAGAUAUCAGAAGGAGACAUGCGAAAGGCUGUAAAUGAUGUCCAGGGGAUAUCCUUGUCUCUAGGUGUAGUUGACGAGGAAAAUGUUCAUAAGUUCAAUGGGAUUGCUCCAGUACAAGUCUAUGAGGAGCUGUUUAUGGAUCUCAAGAGCAUGAGCAUGUCCGAGCUUAGAACCAGGCUUGAAGACCUGAAGUAUGAAUAUGGAAUGGACUGUAACGCUUUAAUCGAGAACCUCAGCGGGAUUGUUCGGAAAAGCAGAAUGAGAAAUAAAAUGAAGAUGCUGAAAGAGAUGGGCGAUAUUGAGCGCAGGAUGAGUAUAGGGUGCAACGAAAAGCUUCAAUUGGAUGCAAUUAUCUCUGUGUUUAUAUUGAAUAGAGACGAUUCUUUAUGA